AUGCCGCCUCCUAAAUUGAGUGAGAGAAUAAGAUCAAUACAGGGAGUAAGAAUCGCUGGGUGCUCAUCUGCUUGUAAUAUCGACUUCGAGUACCCGUCGGAUUCUCAAGGCACAAUCGCAUCAAUCACCCCGCACGACUCUUCCGCAGAUGACAUCCAAGCUCCUCUUGCUUUACCGGCCUUGACCCACCCACACAUUCAUUUGGACAAAGCAUUUGUUCAUAAUGCACGCGAAUAUUCCAAUCUCCUACCUUGCACGGGCACUUUCCAAGAAGCCUUAUCUUUCACCACCAAGGCCAAAGAGAACUUCACCUAUGCUGAUCUUUUGAGAAGAGGGGAGUGGCUGUUGGCCGAGUCUGUUUCCUCGGGAGUCACAGCAAUGAGGGCUUUUGUAGAAGUCGAUCAUACAGUUCAGUUGGUCUGUUUAGAUGCAGCGGUUGCCCUGAAGAGCCAAUGGAACGAGGCCUGUCAUAUUCAGAUCGCCUGUUUCGCCCAAGAUCCCAUUUUCUCCAGCGAAUACGGGGAAGAAAAUCGCACUUUGCUCGAAAAGGCUCUGGGAACUUAUUCGCAGAUUGACGUACUGGGAACCACACCCUACGUGGAAUCCAGCGUGGAGGCUUCAAAGAAGAACAUCGCAUGGGCGAUUGAUCGCGCUUUACUCCUUGACAAACAUGUCGAUUUCCAUCUGGACUAUAAUCUGGAUCCCGGCAAAGAGGCGCUCAUCUGGUAUGUAUUGCAGACACUGCAACAACGAGGCUGGACUAGUCUAUCUACACGGAGACGCGUGAUGCUCGGACAUUGCACCCGCUUAACCCUCCUCACCGAUGAAGAAUGGCACGAAAUAUCUCGCUUCAUCCAUGACAAUGAUCUUCCCGUGAGUUUCGUCGGGUUACCAACUAGCGAUCUAUAUAUGGCCGCGCCGCCGGACCAAGGAGGUCCCCACCAACGGCCCAGGGGUACCCUUAGAGUUCCCGAAUUGAUCCGUAAGCACAAUCUGGACGCAGUUAUUGGUGUUAACAACGUUGGCAAUGCUUUUACGCCGUGGGGCUCUGCCGAUCCCUUAUUUUUGGCCUGUGUUGGGGUGGGGGUUUACCAGGCAGGGGCACAGGAUGAUGCUGGACUUUUAUAUGAAUGCGUGUCCACUCGUGCCAGGGCUGCGAUUGGUCUUUCGGCUGACACUAGUCUAAUUUUGCAACGGGGUUCAUGUCUGGAUCUUGUCCUCUUCCAUGAUCGAGAUGAUACCGGUUGUGGAGUAUCCCGUCCACGUAUGAGCGUGGCUGAAGUGGUUUGGGAUCCACCGGCGCGAACUAGCAGAAGCGUUAUUACCAAUGGGAAGGUGCAGGUCGGACUUUCAGGAGUCUAUGAGGUGAAGUAUGAAUUUGCAUGA